CCCCUCACAUUAGCCGCUAUUGGCAUCGCCCUUGUGGGCUUUGUGGCCAUCUCUAUCUUGAACAAUGCACGGCGUCCCAAGAAGGCAGAGGCAGAACACCAAUUGCCUGGACCAAAGCUGUUCCCAAUCAUUGGACGCAUUCACGACAUGCCCAUCCAAAAGAUGUGGAUCAAGUUCAAGGAGUUUGCAGAUAUCCAUGGUCCUAUCUACUACACCGAAAUGCUUGGCACGAAAUUCAUCAUUGUUUCUGAUGAGAAGAUCGCCGAAGAGCUUCUUGUCAAGAAGGCAAAGUACAACUCUGACAGACCUGCCGUCCCAUCGCUCUUCGACUCGAAGAGUACUCAUGGCUCUAUGGAAUACCUUCCCUUGAUGGGCAAGAACCGUAAGACAUAUAUCUACCCUAUCNAAUACUGGGCUAGACAACGUCGCUUCACACAUGGCUACCUGACCCAAGCCACCAAUGCUGGCUACUAUGGUGUCAUGCAACAUGAAGUCAAGCGAUGGAUGUUCCGUCUGCUUGAAAACCCUGACGCCUUCAACUACACUCUCGAGGACAUGGCUUCCAAGAUUAUGUGCACACUGAACUGGGACGACCCAAGCUUGAGUGAAUACUGCAUUGGUAGUGCCUGGGGUCUUCUCACUCAAAUGUCUCCUGCUGGUCCCAUCACCAACAUCAUCACACCUUUGUGGCAACUCCCUGAAGUCAUCAACCCUUGGAAGAAGGCCGAGCACAAGCGUCAUGACGAACAGCAACGUUGGUGGAUGGAAAACCUCGUCCGCGUCAAGACUCAAAUGAAGGAAGGCACCGCUCGCUGGAGUUUCACCAAGCAGUUCCUCGAGACCGAAAAGACUAACAAUCUCUCUGGUGACUACGAAGCAUCUUCUGUUCUUGGUAUGCUUGCACUGGUUGGUAUUUUCACUGUCGCCGGCCCUCUCAACUACUUCCUCGUCGCCAUGGUCCACCACCCCGAAUGGCUCGAGAAGGUCCAGAAGGAAAUCGAUGAGCAACUUGAAGGACGUAUGCCCAGCAUCGAGGACUUCCCUAAGCUUCCUACUCUCCGUGCCUGUAUCAAGGAGUCAAUGCGUUGGCGCCCUAACGUUCCUACCGGUGUCGCUCAUGAAGCCGAGCAGGACGAUUACUACCGUGGUUACUUUAUCCCCAAGGGUGUUCGCAUCCUGCCUCUCGACUAUGCAUUCCUCCUGAACCCAGUCAAGUACCCUGACCCAGAGAGCUACCGCCCUGAACGCUGGCUUGAAGCCGGAUGGCCAACCUUCCAAGAGCCACUGACACAACACCCCAACAUCAAGGGCAUGACGUCUUUCGGCUUUGGACAAAGACAGUGUCUCGGCAUGUCAUUGACGCAGGACGAGCUCAUUGUGGCUUGCGGUGCGCUAGCGUGGGCGUACAACCUCAAGCGCAAGGUCGACCCUGUCACCGGCCGAGAGAUCGAGGUUCCCACCGACAAGUGCAACUCUCUUCUCAUCGUCAAGCCCGAUCCUUUCGAGAUGGCCUUUGAGCCUCGCAGCGAGGCUCGCAAGGCAGACGUCAUCCGCGAGUGGAAGAUGUCCGAAGCUAAGGACCUCGAGGAGCGGGCUGCGUAUGCGAAGGCCGCAGCGCUUGGACAGACGCAAAAGUUUGAGGAUAUUGUUAUCUAA